AAUGUUCCCCGGGGAAAAUAUCUAAAAAUAUCGCAGUCAAAACGCGCAUUUCGUUCCUUUAACACCAAAAAAUGGCUUCAUCGACGAACCAAAACGAAAUUGAGCCCCAAAAAGGGGAUUUAAUUGAAUGGAAGGAAGAACAAGAACGUUUGGUGAACAUGAUUGGAGAUUUCGAGCAAAAAUUAUCCCACACCAGCUUAAGAUUGCUCACUUUAGAGAACGAUUUAAAAGCUCGAACUGACGAAAGAGAUGGUUUAAAAGCUCGAGUGGUUGAGUUAGAAGCUCAACUUGGAGAAAGUCGCAAAUCCCAGUUAAAAUCAGCAUCUGAGAACCAAGCUGUAGAUGAAAUCAAACAAAAAUCAGAAGAGAUGUUAACAAAAGCUAAAUCGAUUAUAUUCGAAAAAACCAAAGUCUGUAAAAACCAAGAAUUACAAAUUGAGGCUCUUCACCAACAAGUCGAGUCGUUAAGAGAAGUGGUGAGAAUCACAAAAGAUUUGCUCGAAAUACGAAACGUCGAGGUGACUCAUCUCCAAGAUAAAUUAUCAUCGAUGGAGUCGAAAAUUGGGACCGAAUCGGAAAGGAAUAAGUUGAUCCAUUCGAAAUUAGAGAAGAUGGUGAGCAUGAAUGUUGAGUUAAAACGGGAGUAUGAAACGCAAUUGUGCUUGUUUACGGCGUUGAGGGAACGAUAUAACGAAAGGGAAUUGGCUAGGAAUGUUUUGGAUGAUUUGAAGAACGAUAAUAAACAAGCGGGGACGAGUAAUAACACCCAAAGUAAUAAUAACGAGGAAUUGGGUGCUCAAGAAUUGAGCAAAGAAGCGGUUCAAGUGGAAAAUGUCGAGGAGAAUAAAGAGGAAACUGAUUGUAAUGAGAAAGAAACGGUUAGGAAUGGGAAAAAUUAAAUUUGUGGUGUUUUAGGAUUUUAAGAAUAAGAUUUUUUAAAGAUUUGCAGUUUUUAAAAAUA